GUUGGUGGCGGUGGUCUGGGAAGCCGUUACGAAUGUAGUGCUGGAUUUGUUGGUACUCCUGAUCAGCUUCAGCGUGUUGGCGGAGGUCUUGUAGGCGGAGAUUGCUGAGGUGUCUUGCGGAUGCAGCUCGUAUCUCAGCGACGGAUGACUCGGGAUUGUUUUGCGGGUCGUACUCUGCCAUCAGCUCAUGUGGUAGGGGUUCGGAGACGGGGUUCCGAG